AUGCAAGACACCGUCCAUAUCUUGUUGGACUUUUCCAACCACUCCAUCGAACGUCGAAAUCCUCUCUGUCACUGUCAAAAUAUCCUCUCCUUCGACAUCGAUGGCUUGCACCUCCUCAUCGGAGAUACCUCCAAACUGUCGAACAUUAUCGAGUCCUCUGCUGUUGGCCCUAUAGAGAAGCCACCGCACCGGACCAAUCUCAGUGCUCGCAGCCUCCACAACCUCGACCAUGGCAACCUCCGCCUCUGUACCGAAAAUCUCAAUUUUGAAAGCUACAACAACAGUGGGAUCGGGAUCGAAGAGAUUAGGAGAUGGACACCGAAAGAGGAUGAUCAGAGACUGGAGGCACAGCCGUGGGGGAGGAGGAGGAGGCCGCGGUGGUGGAGGGCGGAGGCGAAAUUCUCGCCACCGCUGCCAUGGCUGAUAGGGUGGGAUGGAUGGCGGAGCCAGUUCAUGCGUGUGGUGCGGGAGGACGGCUGGAUCAUACUCACGAUGAUUCAGAUCGAGCGGCCGGAGGUCCUCCACACCUCCCGUCGCGAAGAGAAGCGGAGAGGUCAAGGGAUGAAAUGA